CAUGGAUGUACCCAAUCAGGUUGAAUUUCAAUUUAACCUUGAGACUAUCGAGUGCCUACAUACUACGUAGGUGCCUAAAUGUAGCCUUAGAGAAGUUUAUGAAAUUCAAAUUUAUUGUCCCGAGGGGAUACCUAACCUGGAGUUUGUAACAAAAAAAUAGUCAAAUAGGAACUUUUUCCGGCGACUCAAUACUUUUAACCUCUUCCCUCAGUACUUAGUAUACUGCAUAUGCUAUAAACUAUUGGAUUUUAUUUUCUUCGUAGUUUGAACCGUCGCGACUUUAAAAAGACGCCAUAUUCUAAGUGAUUUAAAUAUAUCACAUUCACUAAAAGUCCUCUUUUGUUACCACUGACCUUACAAUACAAUUGUUUACUGACCUCUGAUCAAUACUCAAAACGCGAGAAUCGAACCACACCAAUAAAUUUCAACUUGCGCUUGCUAAAUCAUCGCCUACUUCGAUAAAAAUUAGCAUGGAGGAAUCCCAAGAGCCGCGACCCCGUGGCCAGAAGCGCCAUCGGGAUAACGAGGAUGACGACCAAGAUCUUUCCAUCACAAAACGGCUACUGCGCUAUACUGGGGAAAUAGUAAAACGCGCUGUGCCUGCAUACAUUCGUUAUCCUACAACGCACCACCAAGUACGCAAACAUGAUACUCGGCCAUUCGUUUACUCAGGCGCAGGUUUCCCGCAGUUCAGUAGGCUUCCUCCGGAAUUGCGUUUCCAGAUCUGGCGUGAGACCUGGGAGCAUCGGGAUGUGAACUUGACACGGGGAGUUGGAGUUUUCCGUCUAGGUGAACCCUAUGAUGACCGACGAGAAAUCGACCUUUAUUGUUAUCAUUUAGCCCACAUUCGUGCCAAUCAGCAACAUUGGGACAUUCAAGAGCAUGAGAGCCAUGACUGCCGCUAUCUACGGCUACCCACCAAAUUCGUAGUAACUACACGCUCGACAACCCGGCCCCCCUUAUCUCUAUGGGUAAAUAGAGAAUCUCGUCGCGAGACAUUGAGGCACUUCGAACUUGCUCUUAUGUUGCCAGAUCGUUGCCCGACUCACACUGUGCCAUGCAAACACCCUGGCAGCCGUACAUUUGUGUUCUUCAACUUCGAUAUCGAUAGAUUGGUGUUCCCCCUUCACCACCCGCUGCAGACUGCAUUCACACAGCUUGAUCUCAGCCGCCUGAGACGAAUUUCUAUCCCGGAAUUGGCUCCCGCUCUCCCAAAGUUUGCUCGUCAUAAUUCGCUACUUGAGCGGCCGGCCCCGCACAUACUCCCGGAAGUCGAUGGCGAAGAUGAAGCGGUUUGCUACGGCGAGUUCAAGUACGUUUGGCGACUACUACGCCAAUGGUUCCCGUCGUUGCGUGAGAUACACCUCGACAAGUUCACUGAUUGUGAGCGCUACGGACAUAGCAAAGAGAACCCCGUUUCCGAGCAUCGCCGGAAAUAUGGUGGGUAUUUCAACCAUGGCCUUCAUGCGAUCCACCGCUGCCACUCCUGCUAUAAGAUUCACAAUUCAAUUUUGAGAAGCUUUCCUAAACUCGGUUUGGGGUUGGGUUAUGAUAUGGACUGUAUUUUUGAGGGCCAUGACAUCGUCGAGCCCGUGUUCGAGAAACAGACAUUAAUAAUCGGCCAAGUAAAGAGUGGACAAGGCAAGAAAGAUGAGAACGUGACUGUUACAUUCUGGGCUAUCCAUGACGCCAGUGAUCACAGUAGCGUUUUCGACCUGGAAAAGCGAGGCACAGAUUGGGCCCAAGUGAGAAGACAGGUUGUCGCGAAGACUCUCGAGCAUGCAUUAGGACCGCCGUCAAAGCACGAGGUCAUGACCUAUUAUAUCAAUCGGGAUGCUAUGCUUCAUUCUCAUUGGGAUAACGACGAUUAAAUUUCAUUUGGAGACCUGAGAGGCGAAGAAGGUGGAGUUUAUUGGCGUAAUGGAAUUGAAGACAGCCUCAGCGUUUAGGUGGAUAGGUCACUUAGGUAUAUAUAUGCAAAUUGAGUGGGUCAUAAUGCCAUUGUUGCUUAGGUAUAUGGCGAUAAACCUAUACAUGCUAAUGAAUAUAUACCUAGUAGGUAGUGACUUAGGGAAGUUUCUUAGUGAUGAUUAUCUCUCUCCCUCUUCACGGCCUUCCCUUCACAUAGAGAGAAACGGUACUUAUCUUGGAUGGUACCUAGAUAAUUGAAAAUUAUUGUAUAUAUUUCCCGGUUUUCCACAUCAACAUUUAUACCUACUAGGUAGGUACCUAUACU